AUGGACUCCGUCACCGCUCAAUCUCGACCGGGCCGCCACUCCGUUGAUCCAUCUAAGCGUAUCCAAUCUUCCCCGCCACCUGGCUUUGGUUCCGUCCCUAGCUUCAAUUACGCCUCAUCAUUCGGUUCCCAUAACGACUCAACCAACCCGCCACACCACAGCGCCUAUCCACAAGCUCCGAUUAUGAUCCUUCUCAUAAGUGGAUCUGUCAUAGAUACCGUCAUUUUCAAUUCAUCCGAUGCCGUGGGUCGUCAACAUCCUUGGCCAACCUCCUCGUUUAAUUCCGACAAUCCUCAACCGAUCCAAUUUUGA